CGCGCUCCAAGAUGUCGGCUGACGGAGCUCCACUGUCCAACGCACCAGGCCCUUUCCCCGUCGACCUUCCAGAUCCCGGCACAAGCUCGCUAUGGGACCGCAUAUCAACAUGGGCAUCCGAGCACAAGGGCGUCGUAUACACAAUCGCGGGGCUUACGCUGGUGGUAGGCGCAGGCGGCGUGAUUUACUAUCUCUCGGAUUCGAAUAAGGAUGCACCGGCGCCUGGGACGACAGCUUCGAGUAAGCGGAAGAACAAGCGGGAUCGCAAGAAGGCGAAGGAACGAGCAGAGAAGGAGGCUGCUACAAAGGAGGAGAGCAAGGCUGCCGAGCCUAAGAAGGCUUCAGUGGCGGCAGCAGCCGAGGACGAGCUCCCAGAGGUCGAUGAGAGCAUAGUCGCUACCCUAUCGGAAGAAGAGCGAAAAGAAUACGCGGCGAAGCUCAAAGCUGCCGGAAACAAGGCUUACGGCUCGAAAGACUACAAUCGUGCGAUCGAACUCUAUGGCAAGGCUAUCCUCUGCCGGCAAGACCCUGUAUUCUACUCGAACCGCGCCGCGUGCUGGAACGCAAUGUCGAACUGGGAAAAGGUUAUUGAAGAUACGACUGCAGCUAUCAACCUGGACAACGAAUACGUGAAGGCGCUCAACCGACGGGCGAACGCAUAUGAGCAGGUGGAUCGCAAUAGCGAAGCUCUUUUGGACUACACCGCUAGCUGCAUCAUCGACGGAUUCCGGAACGAGAACAGCGCGCAGAGUGUCGAACGACUGCUCAAGAAAGUCGCCGAGGCAAAGGGCAAGACUAUUCUCGCCUCGAAAGAGAAGAAGCUGCCGAGUCCGACCUUCGUUACAAACUAUCUCCAAAGUUUCCGACCGACGCCUCCGCCGUACGGACUCGAGGACGAUGCGGAACUGGACGAGAAUACUGGGAACGGACAAUUGCGGAAAGGAUUGAGGGCAAUGAGCACCAAGACUGCUGAGGGCUACACUGAGGCUGCAGCAGCCUUCGACAAGGCAUUGGAGCUCGGAGAUCUCGGAGACCACGAGGCCUUCGCAUACAACAUGCGGGGAACGUUUAGAUACCUCAAAGGCGACAACGACGAUGCGCUCAAGGACAUGGACAAGAGCGUCGAGCUCCAGCCGUCCCUGACCCAGAGCUUCAUCAAGCGCGCCAGCAUGCACUUGGAGCUGGCAAAUCCCGACGCCGCUGAAGCCGACUUCGCCGCCGCCCUCGCCCAGAACAAGGACGACCCGGACAUCUACUACCACCGCGCACAGCUGCACUUCAUCAAGGCUGAGUUCGGCGAGGCCGCGAAGGACUACCAGAAAUCGAUCGAUCUCGACAAGGAUUUCAUCUUCUCACAUAUCCAGUUGGGCGUCACGCAGUAUAAGAUGGGAAGCAUCGCGUCUUCAAUGGCAACGUUCCGCCGCUGCAUGAAGAACUUCAGCCAGGUUCCCGACGUCUACAACUACUAUGGCGAGCUGCUUCUUGACCAGCAGAAAUACCAAGAAGCAAUCGAGAAGUUCGACACCGCCGUGGAAAUGGAGAAGUCGACAAAACCGCUGGGCAUUAACGUGCUACCGCUCAUUAACAAGGCACUCGCGCUCUUCCAGUGGAAGAAUGACUUCGCGGAGGCGGAGAAGCUAUGCCAGAAGGCGCUAAUUAUCGACCCAGAAUGCGAUAUUGCGGUUGCCACGAUGGCGCAGUUGCUUCUGCAACAAGGCAAGGUCACGGAGGCGUUGAAGUAUUUCGAACGUGCAGCGGAACUUUCGAGGACAGAGGGUGAAAUCGUCAACGCGUUGAGCUAUGCGGAGGCUACGCGGACGCAAUUGGAGGUGCAAGAGAAAUACCCCAAGCUCGCAUCACGACUAGGAGCUAUGGGCGCUGGGCUCGGAGCAGGAAUGCGGUAAACCUUUUAGCCCUUCCGUUUUCCUUGCCCCCUUCUCCCACUGUAUUUACACCCCAUCUUUCUCUUUCUCCUCCUCUUUCUGCAUAUUGCAUAUCUCUACUACCAUCCCCCCGUUGAAAACUCUCUUUAAUACGUUUUCUGCACCGCGCUCUGCGAAUGGACUGGCUGGAGUGCAUGUCCAUCUGGGAGGUCGACGCUCUGAGCUUAGAAGUAGCGAAGGAGGCGCGCUUGUAUGAUAGACCGAGGGGCGCGGCGACGGCGGCGGUGCGGUACAGGCACUAUUUGUUGUGCUCUUUGGUAGACGACAAGAGCCCUGCCCUUUUGGCAGGGAUAAAAGUACAUUUGGGCGGGUUGAGUUGGAGACGAUCGAUCGAUGAAUGGAGUAAUGCAUGAAUGGUAUCUCAACUUCUCAAAGCGUUCCGUCUUCAUUUGAGCUUGCAACGACCACUAGAGUCACACACCGAGC